AUGAUUCAUCACGGUAACCAAGCAGCAAUGAGGAAGCUCUUGUCAUUCUGGAAAGACAAUUCAUCUCACUACGUGACAGGACUCGGUCAUUCUUCAAUCGAUUGUUGCAUAGUCACCCUUCCUCGCCACCAGACUACCAAAAAGCUGAAAUCCACUACUGGGACGGGCCAGACGAUCCAGAAAAUCCCGGAAACUAAUUACUGCAGAUUCAAUUGGAGCAAGACAUAUAAAUGGGUACUCACGAUAACGACGUGUUUUAUGUCAGUACAACGCCUCUCCCUCACCUGGUUAGCGAAUACUCAUUGCAUUCACAGGGCUGUCCUUGUUGCUAUACCGGCUGGAUCAUACAGCGGAGGACAGCUUCACGUGGCCAACCAGUUUCACGUUAAGAACAAGCCUUUUCCUAACUUGCAAUGGGCGACGAUGUCAUUCCAACUGGGAGCCGCGUUUAUACCUCCCAUCUUCGUCCCGCUGUCGGAAUCAUGGGGUCGCAUGCCUGGAUAUGGUGUUGGAUAUACUACCUACAUCAUUUGUCUUUUCCCAUCGGCCUUUGCCCGGAACUUUGCCACUUUGGUGGUAACCCGGUGCUUUGGCGGCGGUGCAGCUGCAUCUACCAUCAACAUAAUUGGAGGUUCUAUCAGUGAUUUCUGGCGUGGUAGUGUGGCUCGGAGUCGCCCGAUGUCACUUUAUGUGUUUUCCAAUGUGGUUGGCGUUGCCAUUGGACCCUUUGUCGGUGGAAGUUUGCAGAGAAUUCAUAUUGGCACUUCCUGGAGGUGGAUUUUCUACGUUCAAAUAAUCUGGGCAGUGGCCUUGAUUCCUUUCUUCUAUCUUAUCCUUUAUGAGACACGGGGGGACGUGAUCUUAGGGAAACGUGCUAAAAGACUUCGUCAACAAACGGGUCGACCAAUAUAUACCAAGUCCGAGCUCGAAAUGCCUAGCGCAUGGGAACGACUCAAAGUCUCUACAACACGCCCUACCCGAAUGCUUGUCACCGAACCCGUUGUUACCUUCUUUACACUCUGGCUCAGUUUCGCUUGGGGGAUUUUAUUCCUCUUCUUCAAUAGCGUGUACCUCACGUUCCAUGAGAACUACAAAUGGGGGGUUUUCAACGUUGGCCUCGAUGAGCUAUCCAUUCUAGUCGGCGCCUUUAUCGGUGUUGUAUUCAAUCCUAUACAGGAUGCUAUGUAUCGACAAUCAGCCAAAAAAAACACCCAGACGGAUACCCCUGGCAAGCCCAUCCCCGAAUCCCGACUCUAUACUUCCAUUCCCGGCAGUCUUCUCUUCGCCAGUGGCUUGUUCUGGUACGGCUGGGGUAGUGUCGGCCAUGGCUCAGUCCAUUGGAUUGUGCCAACACUGGGCAUUGGGUGCACUGGAGCCGGGAUAUUCUCUAUACUGAUGGCGGGUAUCAAUUUCUUGACUGAUGCGUACGAGAGAUAUGCUGCGUCGGCGCUCUCGGCUACCUCGCUUGGCCGGAACAUCAUGAGCGGCCUUCUUCCUCUCUCAUCCACGGCCCUUUUUACGCAUUUAGGGUUUGGCUGGGCUGGAACUUUAUUGGGAUUUAUCGGCGUUGCUCUGUCUGUCGUACCGGUGGUACUUGUGCUCAAGGGACCUGAAAUUCGACAGCGGAGUCCAGUCAUGCGCGAGUCUACGUUUGACUGA